AUGGCGAUUGAGGGUGGGGCUGACACUAUCCAGUUUCGUCAGAAGGAUGGGAGUACACGCGAAUUGGUCGAAUCCGCACAAGCGGUGCAAGUUGUUUGUGCGGAGCAUGGGGUUUCCUUAGUUGUCAACGAUCGGGCGGAUCUUGCCCUCGCUGUCGGUGCAGCGGGUGCCCAUUUUGGACAGGAUGAUCUGCCAAUUGCGGUUGGGCGGCGAAUCCUUCCGCCAAAAAUGAUUAUUGGGGCUUCGGCACGGACGGAGGAGAAGAUUCUCGAAGCUAUCUCUGUGGGGGCAGACUACAUUGGGUUCGGUCCUAUCUAUCAGACCUCCUCGAAACCGGAUGCAGAAUUGCCAAAGGGGCUGGAAGCCCUGCGGCGGAUGUCCGAAAUCGCGCAGUGUCCCAUCAUUGCCAUUGGUGGUAUUACGGCUGAAACGGCAUACGAGGUCAUCCGCUCUGGUGCCCACGGAAUCGCUGUUAUUUCAGCGGUUUGUGCACACGCGGAUCCGGUGGCUGCAACCCGUCACUUAUGGGGCGAGAUUCAACGUGCUGAAAAUAGAAAAUUUACUUAUCCUUAUUGCUGCGGGAAGUUAGUCAUGGACAGAAUCGUUGAAGAUGAAAUGCUAGUUGCACAAUUUCAAGCCGGUCGCCUCGAUGCAUUCGAUGAUCUGAUGAAGCGAUACAAAGGGCAGAUCUACGCCUAUCUACUCAGGUCUGUGAAAAAUUAUGAAGAUGCUGAGGAGUUGACGAUUGAAGUCUUUUUUAAGAUUAAGGAAAUCACGGAAGUCCUUGGAAUAGCGGAAGGAACAGUUAAGAUUCACCUGCACCGUGCGAUUGCGUUUAAUAAAAUGUCUAUCGAGCGAAUUAAUGUUAUAGAUGGAUUGGUGGACAAAGUUAGUAUAGAUAAUGAAAAUCUUAGAAUUAUUGAAGCCAAGGAAUCACAAAAGGAAAUUCUGCAACGGCUGCUUGAACUCUAUCAAUAUGACCUGAGUAUCGUAACUGAUGAUGAUGUUGACCAGUUCGGUUUAUACGGCUAUUCAUAUCUUGACUAUUACUGGGUAGAAGAAAAAAGAUAUCCCUACUUGUUCCUGUUUCGAGAAUCUCUUGCUGGAUUUGCACUUGUCAACAAGGCGAAUUGGCUACCUGAGAAUGAUGGAGCACACCCCAUGGCGGAGUUCUUUGUUCUGAAGAAAUAUAGGCGGCAAGGUCUCGGAACUGUAGCGGCACAAUAUGUCAUUAACCGUUUUCCCGGAAAAUGGGAAAGCAGAAUCCUUCGUGAGAAUCAGUCAGCAAUCCAGUUCUGGAGGCAGGUAAUCAACAAUUUGACUUCUGGACGGUUUGUCGAACGGAUUCCAGAUCCGCACCUUUGGCGCGGUCCUGUAUUCUCAUUUAUGAACGGUACUGUUAAAUCAUCAUUCCCCAAGGAGUUUGCCGAAUGA